GGAGUGUAUAUUUUGAUUUUAUGUUCAAGGAGAUAUAUUUAAAUAUUCCAGGUUCGUCCUUGACUCUACAACAUUCCAUUUUCAUAGGAAAAGCCAAAACUGAAGCUCGAGGAAGAUAACUACGAUGAAACAAGAGGAUUGGAUGAUUACGACAGCGUUGCUAUCGUUGCUGUUUGUUUCAUCUUUUCCGCCGUUGAGUUACGGAGUUGUUCCUCCUCGUACUCUGCUCAAUAAGCUGUCGGAGGGCAAAUAUCUCAACACUCAGGAGCUCUGGUUCGACCAAACCCUCGAUCACUUCUCUCCCUAUGAUCACCGACAAUUCCGGCAACGUUACUAUGAGUUUCUAGACUAUUUCCGGAUUCCCGAUGGACCAAUUUUUUUGGUAAUAGGUGGUGAAGGUAUAUUGAAUGGGGUAGCAAAUGACUAUCUUGCUGUACUGGCAAAGAAGUUUGGAGCAGCUAUGGUUACUCUUGAACAUCGCUACUACGGAAAGAGUACUCCAUUUAAUUCUUUGGAGACAGAAAAUUUGAAAUAUCUUUCGUCCAAGCAGGCACUCUCUGAUUUGGCUGUUUUUCGGCAGUAUUAUCAGGACUCCAUAAAUGCAAAGCUUAAUAGAACAAAAAUUGAAAACCCCUGGUUCAUUUUUGGUGGUUCAUAUUCUGGAGCACUCAGUGCAUGGUUCCGUCUUAAGUUUCCCCAUUUAACAUGUGGAAGUCUGGCUAGUUCUGCAGUUGUUCUUGCUGUUUAUAACUACACAGAAUUUGAUCAGCAGAUUGGUGAGUCGGCAGGUCCUGAAUGUAAAGAAGCGCUGCAAGAAACUACUCAACUCAUUGAACACAAACUUGCAACCAGUGGAAAGGAAUUGAAGGCCUCUUUUGAUGCUGCUGAUCUUGAAAUAGAUGGAGACUUUUUUUAUUUUUUGGCUGAUGCUACUGCUAUAGCGUUUCAAUAUGGAAAUCCAGAUAAAGUAUGCAAGCCUCUUGUUGAAGCAAAGAAGGCUGGAGAGGACUUGGUGGAUGCUUAUGCCAAAUAUGUCAAAGAGUACUACAUUGGAACUUUUGGUACUGAUGUGCAGACUUAUGAUCAGAAGUACUUGAAAAGAACUGCUAUGAACGAGGACAAUUCUGCUCGAUUAUGGUGGUUUCAAGUUUGCACUGAAGUUGCAUACUUUCAGGUGGCUCCCUCAAAUGACAAUAUUCGCUCCUCAAAAGUGGACAUAAAAUACCAUUUGGACCUUUGCAAAAAUGUCUUUGGAGAGGGCAUCUUUCCUGAUGUUGAUGCAACUAAUUUAUACUACGGAGGCACUAAAAUUGCUGGUUCAAAAAUAAUAUUUACAAAUGGCUCACAAGAUCCUUGGCGCCAUGCAUCCAAGCAAACUUCAUCUCCUGAUAUGCCUUCCUACAUCGUCAAAUGUUACAAUUGUGGCCACUGUUCUGAUUAUCGAGGAUGUCCUCAAUUCCCUUUCUCCAUUGAAGGUAAUGAGAAAAACUGCACCUCUCCUGAUGCAGUUCACAAAGUAAGGCAAAAGAUUUCAGAACAUAUGGACUUGUGGUUAUCUGAAUGCGUCGACACAGGCAGAAGUUUUAUAUGAUUAUUUACAUAAGAUGUGAAUGAUGUACUUUUUUUUCUAAGUUGUUAAUGAUGUACUAUAACUCCGCAUGACUUUUGGUAUUUCUUUCCUUCAUAAGCUAAUUAUGACACCGUGAAAUAUAUUUAGUGACUUCGUAUAAA